UUCAAAUCAAGAGUUUGACAAUGAUAAAGGUGUUGUUCUUUGCAAUUUUAUUAGCCCAAAAAGCUUUUUCUCAAGAUACAUGGGAUUGGGUGAGGAUAGACUGUGGAUCAGACACAAGCUAUAAAGAUUCAAAUGGUGAUACUUGGGAUUCAGAUGAUGAUUACAUUAAAACUGGCGACAAUAAACAAGUCGCUUCGACCAGUUCUUCCGACAUCGAGCAACUGAAUACUUUACGUGUCUUCUCGGAACAAAACAAGAACUGCUACACUGUCCCUACACCAACAUCAGCCAGAUACUUUGUGAGAGCUAUGUUCUGGUAUGGUAACUAUGAUGGCCUUUCUAAGCCACCGACUUUUGACCUCGAGUUCGAUGGGAACAAAUGGGCUACCGUUGUGACUAAUACUACUAGUUUCACGUAUUACGAAAUGAUUUAUGCAACCAAAGGGGACAGUAUUAGUAUUUGUCUAGCUCGAACUCGAGAUCAAGAGUUCCCUUUCAUUUCCAGGUUGGAAUCUUUGCCAUUGCCUGAUGAUAUGUAUCCCCAAAUGAGAAGGGAUAUGGCUUGGUUCAUAAGGUAUCGUUACAAUUACGGAGCCGAUGAUAGGAUAAUUGGGUACCCUGAUGAUAAAUAUAACCGGAUAUGGGAGCCUCAGAUACCACCUGGCUUAGAUUCAGUAACCGCGAAUUUCACAUCCCUCGACGAAACAUCUGUUAAUGUCCCUCCUGAUUCUGCAAUAAUCAAAGCAGUUGAAGCAAGUGCUACGGAUAGAAUUAACUUAAGUUUUGGUUUUGACAACGUGAGCCACCUCGACCAUGUCGAAAUGUACUUCACCGAGCCAUUCUUGGAAACUAGUGAGACUAGAUCGUUCAACGUAACCGUGAAUGGAAGUUUCGUAAACACUACAACCCCGGAAUACCAGAUCUGUACCAGUGUAUGGGCGAAUUUACAGUCCAUUGGCACUUUAGACAUUCAAUUAGUACCAACGGAGGAUUCCACAUUGGCACCAAUAAUAAGUGCCAUUGAAGUUUACACUGUUAGCCAACCUCUUGUCAUUGCAACUACAUCACAAAAUGAUUUGGACGGGUUAGAAGAGUUCAUCGACACGUUCGACCAGUUGAAGGGAUGGAGCGGAGACCCGUGUCUUCCUAAUGACACCAUUUGGCAAUGGUUGAACUGUAGCACUAAUCAACCUCCAAGAGUAACUUCAAUAUAUCUUUCUGGUUUUGGUCUCCAAGGUUAUCUCCCAAAUUUCAGCCAAAUGGAUGCCCUUGAAGUAAUAGAUUUGCAUAAUAACAAACUUUCAGGGGAAAUUCCAGAUUUUCUUGGAAAGUUACCGAACCUACGAUUACUGUGA